AUGGAUCAACAAAAUCAGGACAGCUUGAACGGACAACAUCUACCAGGUAGAAAGCAUCCUACCACCUGGGAACAGAAUUAUGCCAUUGUUUUUGACCUGACAAGUAAGAAAAUAUACAAGGCAAAUCGCUCAGAUAUUGAUACAUCAACUCACUUCCGCAUUGCUCUUUCCCGUCUUCUCCCAUUUGAGGAAGACACCGUCAGUCUGGGUAGGCGACGCACCUCCGACAGCCAAGACUUAGAGCUCGUGGCUAAAGUCAGUGUCAAUUCUCUAGGAUUAAGAGAACAGAGAUUGAGAGGAGACAUCAUGGAAUGUUGGGUUUUGGAUAACGCGAAGGGAAAUACGCAGGGCACAUUGGUGGGAUGGAAGUUUAGGGACGCUUUUGAUUACUUUGAUAAGAAGUAA